AUGCAGAGCCCGAAUCUACAGUGGUGGUAUUAUUUUUAUAUUUUAGGCUAUGGUGUGCGACAUGUUGUAGCAGGGUGUGUUGUCGGAGUAUGUGCUGUUGCUGCAGCUCCAUUUGUACUCACUGCUGUAGGAUUUACAUCAGGUGGAAUAGCAGCAGGAUCCAUUGCAUCAGGCAUGAUGUCUUCUGCAGCAAUUGCAAAUGGUGGCGCUGUUGCAGCAGGAAGUGGAGUGGCUGUUCUGCAGUCAGUUGGAGCUGCAGGGUUAGGAGCUGCAGGUACUGCUGCAGUUGGUGGUGCUGGUGCAGCAGCUGGGGCUGCUGUUUCUGGUGUAGCAGGUUUCUCUCAGAAUUACUGCAGAGGACGUGGAGACUCUAAAACCGAGAACAAGACCUCCAAUACAACACAGGAGGAUGAUGAUUAUGAUAAUAAUGAUGAUGGGGAAGAUGGGGAUGGGUGGGUAUUGGGGGAGGGGGGGAGUGGGUAUGGGGGUUAUGGUUAUGAUUGGGAUGAUGAUAAUGAUUAG